CGGUGUGAGAGAGAGCGGCUCACUGGGACGGUUUCACCUCGUGCUUCAUUUUUGUAAACAUUUUUUUUAUUUUUAAAUCAACGCCACCACUUUCUCUACCGGACCAAACUUUACGGACCUCUAAUAAAAAGAAGAAGAAAAAAAAGUUCGACAAACGUCACACGAUCCCGUCGUCCGGUGUCACUUGUGCAGCUCAGCGCGGAGGCGAGCUCAGGUGUUCAGCUACACGGAGAGGAGUAAACUACUUUAGCUCUGCUGCUAACGAAUUACGCUGGAAGGACGGGUUUCUCUCUCUCUCUCUCUUUUUUUUAUUCUUCGCGUGUCCAACAUCUACUUAUCGACUUCAGGUCCGUGUCCUUCCCGCAGGUCAUUGGACUUGACACGUAUCGAACCAAGUGGACACGUUUGAACAGCUGCCAGGAUGGAUGAGACGGAGAAAUACAAACGGCGUCUGGAGGCCAUUGCUGAGAAGCGCCGGCUGCAGGAGGACGAGGACCGAGCCCGGAGAGACAUGGAGGACGAGAAGCUCCGACUGCAGCAGCUCAAGAGAAAGUCUCUGAGGGACCAGUGGUUGAUGGAGGGAGCUCCCUUGUCCCCAAAAUCCCAGGGAGCCCAGAGCCCCCGCUCCCCUCUUCUGGGCUCCCAGCCCCAGGAGAUGGAAAAGCACAUUGACAAGUUGCAGUCAGAGAGUCAGCGGUUGGCAGAGGAGGAAGAGACGCUGAAGCAACAGAUGGGGGAUGGCCAAACGCAGGAGGCAGGGCAUACCGUGGAGGCUGAAGCAGAUGAAGUGAAGACAAAAAGCACACCGCUGGACGAAACCGCAGCUGUCCUGACCAAUGGCGGAGGGGACACCGAUCUCGACACCCACGGACCGUUGGAAGCCUCUGGGGGCGGCGGCAUGGAAUCGGAGCCGUGGUCGAGCGUUUCUGAGGCGGAACCUGCUCGGGUUCCACAUGUCAACAUUAAUGAGGAGGAGGAGGAGGGGACGACUCUGGUGAUGAGAGCAGAGCGUGUGAUCAUCACAGACGAAGGGGAUGAUGUACCUGAGGCACUUGCACACAUGCAGGAGACCCCGCAGACAGAGGGAGGGGGGGAUGCGGAGGGGCAAGCAAAAACAGAUGCAGAAACGUUCACACAACCGGAGAAGAGCGAGGCCCCUGAACCCACCGGAGAGGAACCGUCGGCAACCGGAGACGGCGACUCGCAGGGCGGAGUGAAAAAGAGCGAAAGGGAAGACGGAGAGAGACCAUCCGAAGGGCUGGACGAAGACUUGGAGGGCCCGACCUCUGAGCAGGAGCUGCCCGUAGCACUGGAGGGCACCGCGGUGGCGUCGGUGCCGGUCUACUCCGAGGUGCAACCCUUCGCCCUCGAGGCCGAGGGUGAAGCUGCCGAGGGUGAAGCUGCCGAGGGUGAAGCUGCCGAGGGUGAAGCUGCAGCGUCACCAGAGGGAGCUGAGGGAGCGGUAAAAGCCCCAGGCCCUGCCGCGCUGCCCGGACAGUUCCAGGAGGUGCCCCUGGAGAGGAGGCAGAGGGCGGAGCCGGGGGAGAGGGAAGCCCUUCUGUCCCGGGCGAAAGCCAACGAUGCCCCGGCUAAGCCAGCAGCCGCCGCCGCCGCCGCCAGCACAGGGACAUACAGCGCGACACGGGCCGGCCAGGGGGAGGAGGCGAAGGCCCCCGAACAGAAAUUCUGCCAGUGCUGCUCCUUCAUGUAGACGCCCUCGCUGUACAUUCACCUCCUCUCUCCCUCCUCAGCCUCUCUGCUCUUCCAUUCAACACACACUCCUCCCCUCGCCUCUUCGUUUCACCCCCUUCUAAUUAGUCCAUAAGCUAAUUGUCUCUCCUCCCCCCCCCCCCCCCCCCCCCACACUCUCUGAGAGCGCCCCUCAGCGUGAAGACAGGGGAGGGAUGGACUGGACUUGUCAGUGUUUAAGUGCCUUGAAGAGCUCUCUACCCGGAAACUACUCUUUUUAAAUUCUCUUCUCACACAAUGUGGACCAAAAUAUGAGGUUUCUUUUUUAAAAUUUGUAUUUAAUUUAGCUGGUUAGCCGAGGAGCCAGCCGAUCUGAAGAGGAUCAUAAAACCCACAUCGAAGCUGCAGUUGAGCAAAAAUAACAAACUGUAUUAUAUUUCUACAAUUCAUUAGAUCGUUUUUAUUAUACUAAAUAUGAGAUUUGACAUCCAAAAAUCUGUAUAGUGUCAGAGAGGACAUUCUUCUUAUUUAAUGACUUUAGAGCUGAAAUAUUUUACAGAUUUUGGUCUUUUAUUAGAGAUCCUUUUAAUCCAAGUAUAGGGCCUGAACAUUUCUGUUCACUGUAGUACAGGUUUUGACAAUACACAGACUAAUAGUAUGAAAUGGUGUAAUUUAUAAACAACAGCUUGCGCCACUGAAUAUUUUGUGGGCCGUUGCCAGUUUUAAAAGAGAGAUUAUUUUAGGAUACCUGAAAGUAUGAAUUUUGAAUUUUUACCAGAUGUGCUUUCAAAGAGAGCGGCUCGAGAGCUCCGGACACAGCUCUGUGCACGGAUGGAUACACCGGAGACGGAAACACGGGCCAUCCCGUAUCCGAGAGGUCAGCCAUGAAAUGAUUGAUGAAUGAUUUAAUGAUUAAACUGAUAUUUGUGAUAAAUUG